UGACAGCCUCAGGGCGGCCAACAUUUUUGGGUUGCCCUGUGUACCGACGCGUUACGGCAAAAAUACCACAAAGUCUCUGCGAAAAGUCUGUUUUCUGCAAGCCACCAGCCAAUUUGCACUACACAAGUAUUCUCCAGCAGCAGUAAGAGGCGCGAUCAGCAUGAGGAACCGCACUGAAUUGAAGACCACCACGCUCGAGGGCUCAGACUACGAGGAGGAGGUGUCCGAUGGCGAUGACUCCGGCGAGGACUGGCAGCCGGACAAAGAGGGGGAUGCCGCCGCUGCGGGCAAGAAGAAGGGCGUGAAGGUUGCCGGACCGGCAAAGAAGACACCGGCCAAGCGCAAGGCUCCGGCCGGAAAGCCCGCAAAGGGCGGGAAGAAGAAGGUGAAGAAGGAGAGCUCUGAUGAGGAGGAUCUGGAGGAUGAGGACGAUGUGGAGGACGAGUCCGAUGAGGAGUUUCCCAGCGAUUCUGAGGAUUCCGAGGAGGACGUGAAGAAUGGCGAUGGGACGAAGAAGAAGCGCACCGCGAAGAAGGAGAGCGCCGACCCGAACGGCAUGUUCACGCUGUACGUGAAGAAGAUGGAUCUCAAGAGCGGCUUCACCGAUCAGCAGAACCUCUUCAUGUGGAAACGCGACGGAUCCAGUCUCCUGCAGCGCUUCAAACAGAACAGAACCGAGAAGAGUGAUGACUACAUCUUCGCGCCCACAACCGUGUACUCGUGCUGGGAGGACAGGCGGAAGGACGAGUACUUCGAGGUGAAGACCAAAUCUACGAGCGGCGGCGACGGACUGGUGACGAUCGUGGACAAGGAGGAGUUCGCCAAAUUCAUCGAACAGUCCAAGACGUACGAGAAGCCGGAGUCCGAGGAGGAGAACGAAGAGGAGGGCGAGGGCGGGGAAAAUUCCGAGGACGAGGAGGGCGAGGAGGACAACUCCGACGAGGAGGAGGAGAGCUAAGCAGCUCGCCCACAUUGUGUAUCACACAUCCCUUUAAUCACAGAGAUGAACACAUGGUCAGAACUUCAUUUUUCCAGGCGCAAAAGUACCAUUCUUCCCUCCUGAUUUUCCUCCUCUCUUUUGUAAUGGAUUUUUUGUAUCAUGUGAUUAGUUGUCAGCUAUUAUCUUUUUGACUACGUAGAAAGUUUUCUUUUUUAUUAGGUAGAGACACACUCGCUUGAGGAGAAAGUCCCUAAGAAAUCCAAUUUGUCCAGAAGGAAAAAAAAGUUCAUUGGAAAUUAUAUAAUAUUCAUUAAUAAUAGUAAUCGCAAGGAAGCAAAAGAAGAUUAAAUUCUAUAAGUGUAAUACAGCAAAAUGUAUGUCAAAAUGAAGAAGAAUAAAACAGUUUCUGAGGAAUAAUCUCGGAGAAAUAA